UAAACUUUCAAAUCCUGUUGUUGCAGGAUUAUUUUUCUGUUGCAAUAUAGGUCAAAGUUCCUACUUCCAACAUGUUACAUGGACUUGAUCUGAAAAUCUUACUGUCAUUGUUUCUUUCAGGUUUUGUUUCUGGUGACAUCAUGGUAUUACAGGAUAAUACUGUAUCUUGUGGGUUAUGAAUUGUUGUGUUUGUUAAUGGAAUGAACAUGUGUCUGUCUCAACAGCAGAACGGUGACAGCCAAGACCUUGAGACCCAAACAUCACAAGACACGGAGAACAACAGUUUUGAGAUGGGGAGUCCUACUGAGAUGCUGAGUGUAUCAGGCAGCACCAGAGAGUCCCAGAGGUCCUACCUCCUCUCUAUCAACCUGAAGGAGGGACGCAACCUGGUCAUCAGAGACCGCUGUGGUACAAGUGAUCCUUAUGUGAAGUUUAAACUGGACGGGAAGACACUAUACAAGAGCAAAGUGGUUUACAAGAACCUCAACCCGACGUGGAACGAGUCCUUCUCUUUCCCUGUCAGAGACCUGGACCAGAGACUGUAUAUUAAGGUGUAUGACCGGGAUCUGACCAUGGAUGACUUCAUGGGAUCCGGCUACGUUCUCCUCACUGAUCUGGAGAUGGAAAAGGUGUGUGAGCUGUCCGUGCAUCUGGACGACCCCAACAGUCUGGAGGAGGACAUGGGAGUCAUCAUGCUGGACAUGUCUCUCUCUCUUAGGGAUAGAGACAACGAGAGGAACUCUAGGUGGCCUAAGAGGAAGAGGAGUAUCAGGUCUCCGCUGGCCCAGAGCGGUCGUCUAUCAGAGUCUCUGAGGAAGUCUCAGCUGUGGUCCGGUGUAGUGGGGGUGACCCUGGUGGAGGGACAGGGCCUGCCAGAGGACGGACCUGGAGAGCUGUUUGUACGAUUCAGACUGGGGGAGCAGAGAUACAAGAGCAGGAACCAGCCCAAGAAGGCCAAUCCCCAGUGGAGGGAGAGGUUCGACUUCAACCGGUUCCCGGAGGGUCCUGGGGUCCUGGAGAUAGAGGUCUGGAACAAAGAGGGACGCAAAUAUGAGGAGUGUUACGGCAUGUGUGAGGUGGACCUGUCCAGUGUCCUACCCAACCGGGCUCAGCUGUUCACGCGGGUUCUGAAAGAGGGAAACGGUCGUGUGGUCUUCCUGAUCACUCUGAGCACGUGCAGCGGCGUCUCCAUCUCCGACAUGUGUGCCCCGCCCCUCGAGGAUCCUCAGGAGAGAGAGAACACUCUGGACAAAUACAGUUUCAAAAGUUCCUUCAGGAACCUCCGGGAUGUCGGUUUCCUUCAAGUCAAGAUUAUCAAGGCUACUGACCUGUUGGCAGCUGAUUUAAACGGGAAGAGUGACCCGUUCUGUGUUUUGGAGUUGGGCAACGACAGACUGCAGACUCACACCAUCUAUAAAACCCUUAAUCCCAACUGGAACCAAGUCUUCACCAUCCCAGUAAAAGACAUCCAUGAUAUUCUGGAGCUGACCAUCUUUGAUGAGGAUGGAGACAAAGCACCUGACUUCCUGGGCAAAGUGGCCAUUCCUCUGCUUUCUAUCCACAAUGGACAAUCGAUCUGCUGUCCCCUGAAGAAGGAGGACCUGGGUGGUCUGUCUAAAGGAAACAUCUCGCUGGAGCUGGAGCUCAUCUUCAACCCAGUCAGAGCAGCUAUCAGAACAUUUAAACCAAAGGAGAAGAAAUUCAUGGAAGACAAUCCAAAGUUUUCUAAAAAGAUCUUGGCGCGUAACGUGCACCGCGUGCGUAAUCUGUACAGAGCGGUGCAGUCCACACUGCAGUACAUGAAGAGCUGUUUCCAGUGGGAGAGUUUCCAGAGGAGUCUCAUAGCCUUCCUGAUAUUCCUGCUGGCGGUGUGGCAUUGGGAGUUCUACAUGUUGCCUCUCUGUCUGGUUCUGCUCAUAACAUGGAACUAUCUUCAGAUUGCAUCUGGACGGGCCAACCAGGACCUGGUCAGUACAGAGCCUCGCUCCAAACAGCCAUGUUUAGUCCUAUUCCCCUAGAACUACUACCACUAUCCCCUAGAUUCUACAACUAC